CAAGCAUAGGAUCUUCUUCUUCCACAAUGAGAUCAGGCGGCACCACAUGGCUCCGCGCCGCCGUGCUCCUGCUCCUCCUGGUGUCAUCCUCGGCGGUGGCGGCGGAGGGGACCAAGAUCGGCAGCAAGGCGCACAACUACGAGGAGGCGCUGCGAAAGAGCCUGCUCUACUUCGAGGCGCAGCGUUCUGGCCGCCUCCCGCACGGGCAGCGCGUGCCGUGGCGCGACCACUCGGGCCUCACCGACGGGCUGGAGCAGGGCGUCGACCUCGUCGGCGGCUACUACGACGCCGGGGACCACGUCAAGUUCGGCCUGCCCAUGGCCUUCACCGUCACCAUGCUCUCCUGGAGCCUCGUCGAGUACGGCGCCGACGUCGCGGCGGCCGGGGAGCUCGCGCACGCGCUCGAGGCCAUCAAGUGGGGCGCCGACUACUUCGUCAAGGCGCACACCAAGCCCGACGAGCUCUGGGCAGAGGUGGGCGACGGCGACACGGAUCACUACUGCUGGCAGCGGCCGGAGGACAUGACGACGUCGCGGCAGGCGUACAAGGUCGACCGCGAGAACCCGGGGUCCGACGUCGCCGGCGAGACCGCCGCCGCCCUAGCCGCAGCGUCCAUGGUCUUCCGCGACUCCAACCCGCACUACGCCCACCUCCUCCUGCACCACGCCCAACAGCUGUUCGAGUUCGCCGACAAGUACAGGGGCAAAUACGACAGCAGCAUCGCGGAGGUGAAGAGCUACUACGCGUCGGUGAGCGGCUACAAGGACGAGCUCCUCUGGGCCGCCCUCUGGCUCCACCGCGCCACCGGCAGGGCCGACUACCUCGACUACGUCGUCGACAACGCGCACGACUUCGGCGGCACCGGCUGGGCCAUCACCGAGUUCAGCUGGGACGUCAAAUACGCCGGCGUCCAGAUCCUCGCCGCUAGACUGCUGCUGAGAGGGGAGCACACGGCGGCGCAGAAGGAGACGCUGGAGCGGUACCAGGCCAAGGCGGAGCAUUACGUGUGCGCAUGCCUCGGCCGCAACCGCAACACUGACGACGACGAUGAAUCCAGCAACAACGUGGAGCGGAGCCCCGGCGGGAUGCUCUACAUCCGGCAGUGGAACAACAUGCAGUACGUGACCAACGCGGCGUUCCUCCUCUCGGCCUACGCCGACUACCUCUCCGACGCCGGCGUGGCCACCGUCACCUGCGCCGGCGGCCUCACCGCCGACGCCGGCGAGGUAGCCGCGCUCGCGAGGCAGCAGGUGGACUACGUGCUGGGCGACAACCCCAGGGGCGUCAGCUACCUCGUCGGGUACGGCGCCAAGUACCCCGCCAGGGUGCACCACCGCGCCGCCUCCAUCGUGCCGUACAAGCACAGCAAGCAGUUCAUCGGCUGCACGCAGGGCUUCGACCACUGGUUCGGCCGCCGGAGUUCCAACCCCAACGUCCUCGUCGGCGCCAUCGUCGGCGGGCCGGAUCGGAAGGAUAGGUUCAGGGACGACAGGGAGAACUACAUGCAGACGGAGGCCUGCACCUACAACACCGCGCCCAUGGUCGGCAUGUUCGCCAAGUAUAACAAGAUGGCCCGGGAUGAGAGGGAGCAGAGACUGGCGACGGCCAGAAGUCCGGUCACGUCCGCUGCGGCCGAGGUGUAAAUAAAUACUCCGUAGAAGAUAGGCUAUAGAUCGAGGCGGGGCUGUACAAUUUUCCCCAUUCUUUGGUUCAAUUUUUCUUCUUCUUUGGAGUUCUUUAUACACAGGAUGAAAAUUAGUUUUAGUACACGAAGAAAAAAAGGUGGGAGGCAUUGGCAUGCAAAUGUAAAUUCACUGCAAGUACAUAUGAGAGAAAGAAAAAAUUCCAGUUAUCUGUGAUUCUA